GGCCGCGCCGUUGCUAUGGAGACGGGCGCGCCGGAAGUGACGCUGCUCCGCCUUCCCACAGGCCCCUGCGCGGUCGCGGCCAAGAUGGCGGCGCUGGGAAGCGGCGGGGCGCGAUGGCGGCAGGCCUGGCUGCCCGCCCUGCAGCUGCUGCGGCGCGGCUCCAAGGCGGUGACGCGGCACUGGAAGGCCAUGCACUUCCAGCGGCAGAAGCUGCUGGCCCUGACCGAGUACCUGCCCCCGCGGGCCGCCCCGCCGCCGCGCUGCCGGCCCCGCCCCCCCGCAGGAGGACUGCUGCACACGGGUGCCGCCCAGGGCUGUCCCUGUGCCCUCACUCCCUGUCCCCAGGAGGACGGCUACGCGCGGGUGCUGCAGGCGCAGCUGCAGGCGGUGCUGCGUGCCAGCCGCAUGGUGGCCGUGUGCCAGUACAACUCCAUGGCCGAGGAGGACGUGGCCACGCUGCGCCACUUCCUGCGCCGCCACGACAUCCACGUCAAGUUCGUGCUCAACGAGGUUGCCCGGCCGGUGCUGGAGCAGUCCAAGUGGAGGAGCCUGCUGCCGCUGUUCGUGUGCCGGAACAUCCUGCUGGUGAGCGCCGAGCCGCGCGCCAGGGAGAUGCUGCGAGUGCUCAAGGGGGUGCCACAGGUCAACCUGCUGGGCGCCUGCAUCGACGACACCAUCCUGAGCCGGCAGGGCGUGGAGGGCGUGGCGCGGCUGCCGCCGCUGGAGGUGUCGCAGGGGCAGACGGUGGCAGCCCUGGCCCUGCUGUGCUCGCAGACCCCCUCGCUGCUGCAGCAGGGCCCCGCCCGCCUCACGGCGCUGCUGGAGCAGCACAUGCAGCGCCUGCGGGGCCCCGGGAGCCGCUGAGGCUGGAAGCCGGGAGCCCCCUCCUCCCCUGGCACUGGGGAACCGGGAGCCCCCCGGCCGGGGGAGUCGAGGAUCGCGGGCACAAUUCCCGUGGGAUUCUCCAGCUCCACCGAGCCGGGUCAGGGCCUGGAGGUUUGACACUGAGGGUGCUGUGGCCCCCCAGCCCCAGCGGGGAGUCGUGGCCAUUCCCUUGUGCUCCCUGGGGAUCGGCCCAGCGGUGUUCCAGCUGUGAUCAGGGGUCUCUGGGAGCAGCCAGAGGAGCAGCAGCGCGGGAUGGACCCUGCAGGGGGGAUGUUGGGCACUCCAAGCCCCGUGCCUUCGGGCUGGGGCUGUGCUGUAACGCUGACCCCACCCCGGGGCCGCCGGCCUGUCCAUUAAAGUGUCUGUGUGGAGA